AACUUUUAAUUUGAAACUAACAGAGCUGGCGAAGGUUACGCUGACUCCUCUGAGGGUUGGAAAAGUUUAGACUGCUUUGGGAUAACUUGUUACUGUAAUCAGAAAGCCCUCUGAGAUCCCACAGCAUAUUGUGUCUGUUUGGACUGCCUUCAGCAUCGGAGAGCAUCAAUCUUUAAAGGUAUUUUAACCGUAUAUGAUGAAUCCUCAAGAAAGAACAAUGCCUUACAUAAUUCCUGAGACCGAAGAAGUCCAUCACACCAUCAUGAAUGGAGGCCCAGUGGAAAACGGUGAAGAUCAGAAAGCUGUGUCUAAAUCACAGAGAAGACGGAGUGAUAUAAAAGUAUAUAAAGAAUUCUGUGACUUUUAUGCCAGAUUUAACAUGGCAAAUGCCCUGGCGAAUGCCAUGUGCGAGCGGUGCAAAAGUGGCUUUGCACCAGCUGAGAGGAUUGUGAACAGUAAUGGAGAGCUGUAUCAUGAGCAGUGUUUUGUAUGUGCCCAGUGUUUUCAGCAGUUUCCAGAAGGCCUGUUCUAUGAGUUUGAAGGCCGAAAAUACUGUGAGCAUGAUUUUCAGAUGCUCUUUGCUCCCUGUUGUCAUCAAUGUGGUGAGUUCAUCAUUGGCCGAGUGAUUAAAGCUAUGAACAAUAGCUGGCAUCCGGAAUGUUUCCGCUGUGAUCUCUGUCAGCAGAUCCUUGCAGAUAUUGGAUUUGUGAAAAACGCCGGCAGGCAUCUUUGCCGCCCAUGCCAUAAUCGUGAAAAGGCCAGAGGUCUGGGAAAAUACAUCUGUCAGAAAUGUCAUGCCAUCAUUGAUGAAGUGCCACUCAUAUUCAAGAAUGACCCCUACCACCCAGAUCAUUUCAACUGCGCAAACUGUGGGAAGGAGCUGACAGCUGAAGCCCGUGAGCUGAAAGGAGAGUUGUAUUGCUUGCCUUGUCAUGAUAAGAUGGGUGUCCCAAUAUGUGGUGCUUGUCGACGGCCAAUUGAAGGACGCGUGGUUAAUGCAAUGGGAAAGCAGUGGCAUGUGGAGCAUUUUGUGUGCGCCAAAUGUGAGAAACCUUUCCUAGGUCAUCGUCACUAUGAGAGGAAGGGACUGGCUUAUUGUGAAACUCACUAUAACCAGCUGUUUGGUGACGUUUGCUACCACUGCAAUCGUGUGAUUGAAGGAGAUGUUGUAUCUGCUUUGAACAAGGCUUGGUGUGUUAACUGCUUUGCUUGUUCAACUUGCAAUACCAAGCUGACACUCAAAAACAAGUUUGUGGAGUUUGAUAUGAAGCCAGUUUGUAAAAAAUGCUACGAGAAGUUCCCAUUGGAGUUGAAGAAAAGGCUGAAGAAACUGGCUGAAGCUGGUGUGCGGAAAUAAGCCCGCGGCUAGCGUUUCCUCAACUGCAAUUUACAAUUUAUAACAAAAAAAAAAGUUUUUCUUAAUCCAAAUGUUUUGUUUCAUAUAAAAAAGGUCAUCAGAAUUAAAAACCACUAAAGAUGAGCAAAAUAUCUAGAUUUGACCAUCACCUUUUGAGGCCUUAAUAAUCUUUUUUUUAAAUCUCCAUUUUAAAAGUAUUUCUUUUGCUUUUUGACUAAGUAUCUGGUGACCUGAUCUUGUCCAUCAGGAAAUAUGUAAAAUGGUAGGAUGACUUUCCUUUCUCCCAACCCUCCCUCUUCAGUUAUUAGAAGUACCCUAUGACUUGCUGUGAGGAAAUAAAUACCUCAUGAAUGGCCUGUCUAAAAUCAUGAGCUCAUUGUGCAGGUGAACCUAGGUCCUACUACUCCAAGAAUACCUGUAAAAUCAUCCACUACACAAUAAAUGUGGAGAAUUUAAUUUGUUUUUCUAAAAUGGCACUACUUUGCAGUGUUUUUAGAAACUUUAGUAUUUUUAAAGGCAGUUUAACUUGUUUGUCAAAAGAAUUUAUGCUUGGUGAAAUUCUGAUUUUAAACACAAAAUCCUUUAUAUUAAAAAAAACUCAAUAGAGGAAGGGAAAUGUGAGCAGCUUGCUCCUGAUUUGUGACUGGAGCCUACCAAAUGAAAGAGGAUGACAGCAACCCAUUGGCGUAAUGCUGUCAAAUGUGCUCUGGCUCGAAACAGUACUGCUGGAAUGUUUCAAAUUGCAUUGAUAAGUACAUUCCAAGCCGACACUACUUAAAGUAUGUAAAUCAAUAUUUAAUUUAAAUAGCUUUUAAUGGCCGUUUAUAGACACCUAGAAUAAGAGCUGCAAAGUAUGCCAAAUUCUGCAUUCUAUCACAAUGAAUUCCGCCAGAGUACAGUUUUAUUGAUCAUUCUCAUACUAAUUUGUAGGUUCAAUGACUUUCACUACUUUUUUUAUCUACAUUUUAAAACUGCAGCAAUGCAUUGAUUAUCUAGAUAUUACAUACUUGAGAAAUAAAAAUAAAAAUAUGAGAAAUAAAGUGUUAUCUUGUGCUGGAGAGCUGUUGAUACUGAUUAGCCACCAAGAGAAAAAACGUGGGGCUUAAAUGUUUGAAGGAUUUAAUUUUGAACAAUACUACAAAGUAAAACACCUAGAGUGGUACAAAGAGGAGAAUGUUACAAGCUACCUGUUAUUUCUUAUUGGAUUUUCAAAUCCUUUUUGAAAUUGGAGUGUUCGGUUUUGUGAUAAAAUCAGCUUUGUUUUGUUUGCAUGAAACAUUUUUUCUCCUUUAAAACCUUAAUUAAUUUUGCCUAGCUUUCUCUAAUAUAUUUGCAAUGAUAGAUAAUAGAAGGCAACAUUUAAGAAAUCUAUGCUACCCUUUUCCCUUUACAUGUACUGUACUUUAAAGCAAAUAGGCCAACUACUGUAUCUUUAUUGUGUGGAGUAUAUAUAAAAUAUAACAAACCCUCUGGAGAAACUGCCUUAACUGUCAGAGAAACCUCUGGGCUGUCUUGUUUGAUAGUUUCUUUCACUUUACAACUCAAAACAGACAGUUAAAUAGACAAAAGCACGGAAGCAGGUGCAUGUCAUCGUGUCAUCUUGAAGUGUUCUGUGAAUUGAAUUUACGAUUUACUGAACCGACUGGCAUGUUAUGGUAGCUGUUCAUGUGAUCCACUAAUUUUUUGAAUUUGUUUUGCUGCAGUUGGUUUUAUUUGUUGUUUCUCUUGACAGCGAAUGUUGGUGCUACAGAAUGAGAUGCAGUACAAUCAAAAAUGUUCAUCUCAAACAUCAGUUCUAUGAUUACUCACUGGCACAUUCUAGUGAAUCAAUUGAGCACUGAAGUGAAAUUUACAUCAAUACCUUCAUUUUUUAAAAAAAAACUAAUUGCUAGCUUAUUUAUCCAGCAAGGUGUAAUAGAAAGUACAUGCUGAACUCAUGCUAUUUUAUCACUAAAGAAUGUAUUUUUGUUUUUCAAUAUAUGCCGCACCUAUAAAUUACUCCAGUAUUAUGUAAUAAAGUAUACACACGAUGAACCAUU